GGCAUUCUUUUUCUCUAAAAGUGGCUGAAGUUCCUGCAAAUCAUAGAAUCUCCCAGUUGCCAAAAGAUAGGGGAAUUGGGAAGGAGAUGCAUUAAGAUACAGAUAUUACGAAUGAACAUUUUCCAACUGAUUGGUUACUUAAAAGUGCAAGAUUUUUCAGCCYGACACCACCCUAGCAGUUUUUGAUGCUUUUAUAGUGGCUAAACUGAGUGUGAAGAUACAAAAAAUUGUAUUAAUUGAACUAAAGUAGUUCUGUAAGUUUAUGUAAGGAAUUCCUGUGCAGACAGCAGAUUGUAAGGGGUAUGCUGAUGCUAAUUAAUUGAAAACCCAUUGAACUAAAUUGUUGGAAAAUACUUUAAUUCCAUCCUAUGUCCCUAUCUCCUUUCUCCAAAUGUAUACAUAGAUAUAUAGGGAAAAAGUCUUGAGAAGGUAGGGAAGCUCAGUUGGAAGGAAAAAUGUGAUAGGUGUCUCAUUCUGGCUUCAUGCAAAUUUUAUCCAGCAUAUUCAAUCAUCUAAAAAAAUAUAUGCAUCAGAUCUUUCUGCUUUUUCCUGCCCAGAUAUAAUAUUGCCUUGUCAAACACAAAUAAGCAGGAGUAGGUAGAUUGCUCUUCUUGCUUAACAUCCAUAUGUGAAACUGAAUGCUAAUGAUUUCAGCUGUUUUUUUGAAGUGCGAUGUUUCAAAAUGUUACAGAAGCAAAAAAGUUUAUUGGCAAAUCCCUUCAGCCAGCACGACCUGUGCAUCAGCUGUCUUCUAAACAAGCAUCACCCAUUGCAUUAAACAUCCGGACUGAAUUACCCAGCAGCACUGAAGCAUGUUUGCAGAGUAAGGUUAACUGGUCACCUGAAAUGAGUGAAGUGAAGAUCUUGACUCAAACUGUGGUGCUCUGUCAACCAAAACAACAUGAAUCAGGAGCAAAAAAAGAAAGGAUCCAGUACAGCAGAGACUUCCUUCUGAAGCUUUCAAAUGUUUCUCUCUCUCAGAAGAAGCCAGAGUUUCUUCCUGAUCAUCCAAUUGUACUUGAGAAGCCAGUAAAGAACAAACCUUUCAUUGACAUCUGCAAGAAGUGACAUGUUGUUUGGAAGAUCAGAAAUCCAUCAAUGAGGGAGCUACAUUUGAUGUAGGUCUUCGGGAUUUUUGAAGGUACUUGGGUGCCUGCAGAUGGAAGUACGACCCUGUGAAACCUGUGAAAAUGCCUGUUUCUUCACGUAAUUGCCUGAAUGCUUUAAGAGAAAAACCUUUAAUUUGUGAUGCCUGAAAUGGUAAUAUGAUUAAAGUGAAAAUAAAUAAUUUUGCAUAUUGG